GUAACCAUCUUACCAUAAUAAACCAAAUAAAUAGAUCAUGCACUAGUCUCUAUAUUAAGAUUAUCAAUUUAAUCUGAUAAAUGUAAAAAUGUAUAUUAAAAUUGAAUUCAUACUCAUCCAGUGAACGUUGAUUAAUUAACAUAAUAAUCCCCAGUAGUAGUAAUGUACUAGUCUUCUUCUUUCCUCUCCUUGUCUUUAGAAGCAACUGUUGACAUCAUUUAAAUCUCACUCUCUCUCUCUACAUUGCAUUUGGAUCCUGAGGAUUGUGGAUGUGUCACUGAGAGAAAGAUCACCAGAUCGGAGAUGUCGGACGUUACAGCCGACGGAGGCUACUCGGAGUCGCCUUACCCGUCGCUAACGGUGUCAGCCUCUUACAAAGAGAGCAGCACCGGAGGCGGAGGAGGAGGGAAAAGCUCGUCGAGGAGGAGACCGGUUAGACCUAGCUUCGACGCCGCCGCCGACAAUGAGUUCAUCACUCUCCUGCACGGCUCGGAUCCGGUGAAGCUGGAGCUUAACCGUCUCGAGAACGAAGUUAGAGAUAAGGAUAGAGAGUUAGGGGAAGCGCAGGCGGAGAUUAAGGCGUUGAGGUUAUCUGAGAGGCAGAGAGAGAAAGCUGUUGAAGAGCUUACUGAUGAGCUUACUAAGUUGGAGGAGAAGCUCAAGUUAACUGAAUCUCUUCUUCAAGGCAAAAAUUUGGAAAUCAGGAAGAUUAAUGAGGAGAAGAAGGCUUCCAUGGCUGCUCAGUUUGCUGCUGAAGCCACUUUAAGAAGGGUCCAUGCUGCUCAGAAAGAUGAUGACAUGCCUCCUAUUGAAGCCAUUCUUGCACCAUUAGAAGCUGAACUUAAGCUUGCACGCUCUGAGAUUGGGAAGCUUCAGGAAGAUAACAGAGCCUUGGACCGUCUCACUAAAUCAAAAGAAGCGGCUUUACUUGAAGCUGAGAGAACUAUUCAAUCUGCCAUGGCGAAAGCUGCCUUAGUUGAUGAUCUUCAGAAUAAGAACCAAGAAUUGAUGAAACAGAUAGAGAUCUGCCAGGAAGAAAACAAAAUUCUAGACAAAAUGCAUAGGCAAAAGGUUGCUGAGGUGGAAAAGCUUACUCAGACUGUACGAGAGCUUGAAGAGGCUGUUCUUGCUGGUGGCGCUGCUGCUAAUGCCGUCAGGGAUUACCAGCGGAAGUUCCAAGAGAUGAAUGAAGAACGAAAAACUCUUGACCGGGAACUUGCGCGGGCAAAGGUUACAGCAAACCGAGUUGCGACGGUGGUUGCAAAUGAAUGGAAGGAUGGUAAUGAUAAAGUGAUGCCUGUGAAGCAAUGGCUUGAAGAAAGAAGGUUUCUACAGGGAGAAAUGCAGCAGUUACGUGACAAGCUUGCCAUCUCAGAUCGAGCUGCUAAAUCUGAAGCACAACUAAAAGAAAAGUUUCAACUACGGCUUAAAGUGCUCGAGGAGACGUUAAGAGGCACCUCAAGCAGCAGCGUAAGGAACACACCUGAUGGAAGAAGCAUGAGUAAUGGACCCUCUCGCAGGCAGUCACUUGGUGGAUCAAAUGGCUUUUUGCCAAAGAAAUCUCCAUCUUCUCAGAUGAGGAAUGCCUUUACUUCUAACUCCACCUCGGUAUUGAAGAACGCUAAAGGAACAUCUAGGUCAUUUGAUGGAGGCACAAGAUCAUUAGACAGAGGCAAAGCACUCCUAAACGGUCCUGGGAAAUAUUCAUUCAACAAGGCUUGUGAUGAAGCCAAAGAAUCAGAAUGGAAAGAAGAUACAGAGGAGAAGCCACCAACAACUGAAGACAACGUCCCAGGGGUUUUGUAUGAUUUACUUCAGAAGGAAGUAGUUGCCUUGAGGAAAUCUUCACAUGAAAAGGAUCAAAGCCUGAAAGACAAGGAUGAUGCAAUAGAGAUGUUAGCAAAAAAGGUUGAAACAUUAACAAAAGCAAUGGAGGUUGAGGCGAAGAAGAUGAGAAGGGAAGUAGCUGCAAUGGAGAAGGAGGUUGCUGCUAUGCGUGUGGAUAAAGAUCAGGAUAACAGAGCCAAAAGGUCUUCAAACACCAAGAACUCAUCCAACACCGCCCAGAUUCUUGCUGGAAGAGCUGCUGGACGAAGUGGGUUAACGAGGAGCACACAAUGAGAUAAGUGAAGUGAUUGGUUCUCGUGGACGUAUCAGUUUUAAACAAGUAAACCCGUUAUAGACUGGUGUGCUCUUUUUUUUUAACCUUAUGUCUUCUUUGCUUUCUUUUCAUCCUCUUGUGAUUUAUUGUAUUACCAUAGAACUCAUGAGAAUGUGUUAUCUAUGGUCCAACCAUCCAAAAGAGAGGGAGAGAGAUGAGUAUGCUUUCUGACUUAGACCAGCUUAAGGAGAGAUGUUUGACAUUUUGGUAUAACAUUUUCUAUCCUACAGAAGUAGUUUGCCUGGGCUGUAUAGGUUUAUUAGUGUUGUAUUUGGUACUUGUUCGGUUUCUUUUUCAAUCUACUUUUGAGGUGUUGUGUGAUUAUUUGUACUUUUGGUUUUGUUGAUACAUAUGUCUCUUCAGAUCUCCAAACUUACUAUCUUUUAUCUUUUA